AUGGUACAAAUCAGUGAAGUGCAGGAACAAUCAAGCACUGCGUAUACCCGUACUGCAGCUCACACACACAUUAAAGGGUUAGGUUUAGAUGAGUUUGGUGUAGCAAAGCAAGUGGAAGGUGGUUUUGUGGGGCAAGCAGAAGCUCGGGAAGCGUGUGGUGUCAUCGUCGAUUUGAUCAAAGCCAAGAAAAUGUCUGGUAAAGCUAUCUUAUUGGCUGGUGGGCCAUCCACUGGUAAGACAGCUUUGGCUUUGGCAAUAUCGCAGGAACUUGGUCCUAAAGUUCCAUUUUGUCCCUUAGUGGGCUCUGAAUUGUAUUCCGUUGAAGUGAAAAAGACAGAAGCUUUGAUGGAAAACUUCAGAAGAGCCAUUGGAUUAAGAAUUAAAGAAACAAAGGAAGUUUACGAAGGUGAAGUUACCGAAUUAACUCCAGAGGAAGCGGAAAAUCCGUUGGGUGGUUAUGGUAAGACAAUCUCGCAUGUUAUCGUCGGAUUGAAGUCUGCCAAGGGUACUAAGACAUUGAGGCUUGAUCCAACUAUAUACGAAAGCAUUCAAAGAGAAAAGGUUUCUGUUGGUGACGUUAUUUAUAUCGAAUCAAAUACAGGUGCGGUGAAAAGAGUUGGUAGAUCAGAUGCCUUCGCAACUGAAUUCGAUUUGGAAGCGGAAGAGUACGUUCCCCUUCCAAAGGGAGAAGUGCAUAAGAAGAAGGAAAUAGUUCAGGAUGUCACUUUACAUGAUCUAGAUGUCGCUAAUGCCAGACCUCAAGGUGGACAAGAUGUCAUUUCGAUGAUGGGACAGCUCAUGAAACCAAAGAAGACAGAGAUAACAGAAAAGCUUAGACACGAGGUUAAUAAGGUUGUCGCAAAGUACAUUGACCAAGGUGUAGCAGAACUUGUCCCGGGUGUUCUUUUCAUUGAUGAAGUGAAUAUGCUUGACAUCGAAAUAUUUACUUACUUAAACAGAGCAUUAGAAUCUGAUAUUGCACCUGUGGUUGUUUUGGCCUCAAACAGAGGAAUGAUCACCGUACGCGGCACUGACGACGUUGUUUCUCCUCACGGUGUUCCACCAGAUUUGAUAGAUAGACUCCUAAUUGUUCGAACUCUACCUUAUAACAGAGAAGAGAUCAAAACAAUCAUAUCAAAGAGAGCUGCUGUAGAGAACUUGCAGGUGGAGGACGAAGCAUUGGAAUUUUUGGCGACUUUAGGCACAGAAACUUCUUUGCGUUAUGUUCUACAGCUUCUAUCACCAUCAGGUAUCAUUGCUAAGAUUGCAAACCGCGCCGAAAUAUCGGUGGCAGAUGUUGAAGAAGCAAAGCUAUUAUUUUUAGAUGCUAAAAGGUCUACGAAGAUCUUGGAACAAUCUGAAAAUUACUUGUAA